UGUUUUCGGAUCAGUGCGGCAGCGAACGCCCGACGAGAAGGACUGCUCUUCCCGUUGUCGUUGAGAGAGAAAGAGAGAGAAAAAAAAAGACAUUUCCUUUCUCUCCUCCCUAUUCAAUUGUGUAUGUAGUUCUGUCGUAAACUUUUUUUUAAAAUAAACCUUUUAAUUAAUUUAAAAAAAAAAUUUUUUAUUCUAAAUUUUUUUUAUUUUCAUAAAAUUUAAUUAAAAAAAAAAAAUAAUAAUAGGUUUUAAUUUAUCAUUUUGUUUUCAUCACUGAACAAUCCCUCUCCCCCCCAUCUACUUUUAACUCCCCCAUUUCUCUUCGUGUUUAUUUCUUCGCAAUAACGCGCUCGCGUGUCUCUUCGUGCAAAAGACACGGACACUUUCCGGUUUAUCUGAAUACGGUGGUGAACACAAAAGCAACAGAGGUUUUUCAUAUGUGCAAAAGACAAACUCGUUUGUUGUCCUUCCCUUCGACACACUAAACAAUACACAAAUUCAGAUAUGAUGCUGAUGUCCGGAGCAUGGUUCGAGGUUGUUGUUGUUGCAUUUUUCACUGUCCUCGUGUUGGCCUCCAGCUACCGAUCAUCAUGGUGGUUUGUCAUCAAAACACUUUGCAAGGAAGUUCCAUCAAGUCCAACACAACCCAGAAGACGUAGAACAGCGAAAAAUGUUCCGGGACCAUAUUCCUUUCCAUUUUACGGGACAAUGUGGAUUUACUCCUGCUUUGGAUAUUACGAUAUGAAUAAAAUUCACGAUGCUUACAAAGAUCUGAAUCGACUCUAUGGGCCAUUGUGCAAGGAGGAGGGGCUCUGGAAUCAUCCAAUUAUCUCUGUCUUUUCUCGACAAGACAUCGAAACAAUCAUCAAACGCGGAUCAAAAUAUCCACUUCGACCCCCACAAGAGAUCAUCUCUCAUUAUCGAAAUUCACGACAAGAUCGUUAUACAAACCUUGGACUCGUCAAUGAGCAAGGAGAAACAUGGCACAAGUUGAGAUCUGCCCUGACACCGGAACUAAUGGGAGCCAAUACUGUUCUUGGAUUUUUUCCUGCCCUCAACAAUGUUACCAAUGAAUUCAUUGAUCUCAUCCGAAGUCGAAGAAGCGGAUCCAAAAUUCAUGGAUUUGAGGAUAUUGCAUACAGAAUGGGUCUUGAAAGUACAUGCACACUGAUAUUGGGACGUCAUCUGGGUUUCCUCAAACCAGGUCCAUGUUCAUUGACAUCGAGGUUGGCGGAAGCUGUGAGAUCACACUUCAUUGCCUCGAGGGAUGCCAAUUAUGGUUUGCCACUGUGGAAGUUGCUUCCAACUACUGCGUACAAACAACUAAUACAGAGCGAAGAGGCAAUAUACAACAUCAUUUCAGAAUUGGUCGAGGAAACAUCACGAGAACAAGGGCAAGAUGCUCACGACGAAUGCAUUGAGGCUGUUUAUAAAUCCAUCAUGCGAGAGAAAAACCUCGACAUCCGGGAUAAGAAAGCAGCCAUAAUUGAUUUUAUCGCCGCUGGAAUUCACACAUUAGGAAACACUUUGGUCUUCCUGUUUCACAUGAUUGGCAGCAAUCCCGAGGUUCAAAAGAAGCUUUUCGAAGAAGUUGCAGAUUUAGCUCCUCCAGGUUGUGACCUCUCUGUGGAUGAUCUUCGAACGGCAAAAUAUUUAAGAGCCUGCAUCACUGAAGCUUUCAGACUUCUACCAACGGCUCCUUGUCUCGCAAGAAUACUUGACGAACCUGCAGAACUUGGUGGAUAUAGCCUUCAAGCAGGAACAGUGGUGGUUUUACACACAUGGAUUGCGGGUUUAAAUGACAGCAACUUUAAAGAGGCGAAUAAGUGCAUUCCAGAAAGGUGGAUAAACCCACCAACUCCACAUUCGCCUCUUCUUGUCACACCUUUUGGAGCCGGACGUCGAAUUUGUCCAGGCAAACGAUUCGUUGAACAAGCCCUUCAACUUAUUCUUGCAAAGAUUGUACGAGAUUUCAAGAUCGUCGCAGAAGAUGAGUUGGGUCUGCAAUUUGAAUUUAUCCUGGCGCCAAAGGGUCCAGUGUCUCUUCAUUUUCGGGAUCGAAUCGACUUAACGUGAAAUUUCAACAUCAACAACAACAAUAAAAAAAAUAAUAAUAAUAAUGAUAAAAAAUCAUUGAAAACGAUGAGAAGCCGCAGAAGAAAUCGUCAAAAAAAAAAAAGUAAAAGGAAGUUUUUUUUAAAGAAAAAAAGGAAAAAUUCCUCAAGAGAUGAUGUUCUUGAAUGAAAGAAUAUUGAUUUGAAAUUAAAGAAAUUCUUUCAUGAAGAAUUUUUUUUAAAAAAAGAUUACAUUUGCGUGUAAGGAAAGAAUUUCUUUAAUAUUCUCUCCAAAAUAGAUAGAAUUUUAAAAACCUCUGUGAAAGUGAUUUUUCAUAGACAAAAAAAAAAAAUGGAUGAAGAAAAAAAGAAAUUAAAUUAAGAAUUUUUUUUAUUUAAUUUCUUUUUUUCUGUGUAAAAAGAAAAAGUUAUUUUUAAAAAAUAUUUUUAAAGAAAAAAAAAAUUAAAACAAAAUCUCAAUAGAAAAGAAAUUCUUAUAGAAAAGGUAUUCCUUUUUAAUAGACGAAAAAAAUAAGAAGGGGAGAAUCUUAUUCGGUAAAAUGAAAAUUCGUUAUAGAUGCGAAUUGAUUGUUGAUAAUAAUCGAUUAAAUUGCAUUGAAUUUAAGUAAUUAGAAAUUUAAUUAAAAUAAAUAUUUUUGAAUUUAAAUUUUUUUUAUAAAUUUUAUAAUGAAACGGCCUUUUUAUUAUAAAAUUAAUUAGAAAAACAUUUUUAACAGAAAGAAAUUUUUUUUCAUUUAAUACUUGUACCUUUUUAAAAAUUAUAUUUAUUAAAUUAAUUUCUAAUUCAUUGAAUAUUCUUCUAAAUAUUCUUAAUUUGUUUUAAAUUAUCAAAUAUAAUUGUAAUAAUUCAUUUAAUUCAAUUAAUCAAUUAAUUAAUUUUUAUUAAAUGAAUUAAGAUUAAAUUUUGAUUAAUUCGAUUCAAAUGAAUAAUAAAAGUGAAUUAAUUUAAUUGAAAUUCAAUAAAAUCGUUUUAAUUUAAUUAUAUUUAAAUCUAAAAUAAUGAGAAAUAAUUCAUUAGAAUUUUUCUAAUUAAAUUUCAUAUUACUACAAGUUCAAUUAAUUUGAUCGAUGAUUAUAGAAUUAUAUUUAAAUCGAUUUAAAGGCGCGUUGUAUUAUUAAUUUUUUUUUUUUUUUUUGAAAUCAUUCCGACAUAUUAAUAUUGAUAAAUGUAAUGUUUAUCAUAUUUAGACCUAUAUUUUUUUUUAUAAAAGUUAUUAUUCUUUAAUAUUAUUAUAUGCGCGACGUCGUGUGUUGUUUUAAUUCGUUGAAUGGUGAAAUUUGUUCGUCCGUCGAAAGGUAUUAAUUUGUUAUUCAUAUAUCUUGUUGCGUGUUAUUUAUAUUUCAUCUCGAAAUAGUGUGUAGAUACAGAUUUUGCUCAGUUCUUUAAUUUUUAAGCUGAAAAAUUAGAUAUAUAUAUAUAUAUAAUAUAAAGAAUGUGUUUUUCAUUUUUAAAAAAAACCGCAAAUAAAACAUUUAGAAAUUUUUCAUUUAUUAAUUUUAUUUUGAAAAACUUUUUAUUACAAAAAGAAAAAAUGAAAACCAUUUUUUUUGUGAAAAAUUGUUUUUUAAAAUUCAAAAAUACUUUGUGAUUUGAAAUAAAAUUUGCUUUCGACGAAAAAUUAUUUUUUUUCUUAAAAAACUUCUUAUCUAAAAUAGACAAGGUUUUGAUAAAUAUUUUUUUUUUAUUUGCGGUUUUUAUGGUGGAUGUUUAUAAUAACUGUUUUAUUCGGUUUUUAGAUGCGUGGGCACUGAAGUUAAAAAAAUAAUUUACCCGAAAAAAAUUACAUUACAUUUUCAAAAUUCCAAAAAGCGAAAUUUUUAAAUACUUUUCAUAAAUUUUUGAGAAAUUUAUGAAUUUUUGAAACCAAUUUUUCGAUACUGACAAGUUUUGAAUUAAACAAUUCGAAAUUUAAAAUACUCGAAUAAAUAAAUAAUAAAUUUAAUAAUGUAAAUAAUAAUAAUAAUUAAAAUAUAAUUUGCUUUGUAGUAACGAAAAAAAUUAAAUAGUUAAAAUUUAUUUUUUUUUAAUAAUAAAAACUUUUCCUAUAGAAAGAAACAAACGUCAAUAAUUAUUAUUCAAAUAGUGUUUUAAAGAAAUUAAAAAAAUUUUUAAAUUCUGUGAAAAAGAUUUUAUACUCUUUUUUUAAUUUUAAUAAAAAAAAGUCCGACUUCAGUGCCUAAUGGACAAGACUUUAUUUUUAGGUUUGUAAGUUAAAUUUUGUUGUAAAAUGACAAAUUCUAUAAAAAAAUGGCAAAUUAGAAUUUUCCAUUUUUUUGUUUUUUUUUUCUUCUAAAAAUUUGUCAUUUUCUCAAAAUUGCCUGGAAAAUUUGUGUUUAGGAAUAUAAUAUAUUAUCUAUCGAUUAUUGUCGUUUACGCUUCGAGUAUUUACUAAAAAAAAAAUAAGUAAAUUUUUUUUUCUAUAUUUGAAUAUAAUCACGGAAUUGCGAUUGUCAAAGAGGAGGGGAAAAAAAUAUAAUCGAAAUUCUUUCUUGAUUUUGUUCUUUGUUUUAGCCAUAAUGAUGGCGUGUGAUUGAAAACGAAAAAAUAAGAAACAAAAAAAAAUAGAAAUCGCAAUUCUUAGACGUACCUGAAUUUAAAGUGCCCUUAAUUUCGUAAGAUUGUGUAUAUUAUUUUGUAAAUUGUAAUGAAAUUGUAAAAAGUACCAAUUAAAUUCGCAAAAAUUUAAAAUAAA